CUCUCACAUUCUCACUGCACUCAGCCAACAACAAACAAUCCCUUACAUCAUCAAACCGAAUCGAAUCGAAUCAAAUCAAAUCGCCAUGGCCACUUCUGCAAUCCAACAAUCCGCCUUCGCCGGCCAGACCGCCCUCAAACCCCAGAAUGACCUCUCCCGGAAAGCCGGCGGCCCCGCCGGCGGCCGCUUCACCAUGCGCCGCACCGUCAAGAGCGCCCCUCCCAGCAUCUGGUACGGACCAGACAGGCCCAAGUACCUAGGCCCCUUCUCCGAGCAGACCCCCUCCUACCUGACCGGCGAGUUCCCCGGCGACUACGGCUGGGACACCGCCGGUCUGUCGGCCGACCCGGAGACCUUCGCCCGCAACCGCGAGCUGGAGGUGAUCCACAGCCGGUGGGCCAUGCUGGGCGCCCUGGGCUGCGUCACUCCGGAGCUCCUGGCUCGCAACGGCGUCAAGUUCGGGGAGGCCGUCUGGUUCAAGGCCGGCUCGCAGAUCUUCUCGGAGGGGGGCCUGGACUACCUGGGGAACCCCAACCUGAUCCACGCGCAGAGCAUCCUGGCCAUCUGGGCCUCCCAGGUUGUCCUGAUGGGCUUCGUGGAGGGGUACCGGGUCGGCGGCGGGCCCCUCGGGGAGGGCCUGGACAAGGUAUACCCCGGCGGCGCGUUCGACCCGCUGGGUCUGGCCGACGACCCGGACGCGUUCGCGGAGCUGAAGGUGAAGGAGCUGAAGAACGGGCGGCUGGCGAUGUUCUCCAUGUUCGGGUUUUUUGUGCAGGCUAUCGUCACCGGGAAAGGCCCCAUUGAGAACCUCGCCGAUCAUCUGGCCGACCCCGUCAACAACAACGCCUGGGCCUACGCCACCAACUUCGUCCCCGGAAAGUGAUCGAUCCAUCGCUCGCCCACGUGUGUGUAUGUAUGUAUGUAUAAUCUGGUGUUGUGAUGAGAUAUGAGAGAGUGAGCGGUAAAAUCUUUUGUCCUGUGUACUGAAGGAAGGAAUGAAUGAAUGAAUGAACGAUUUCGGUUGUUCGCUUC